AAAUAGCACGAGAUGCGCUGUCUCGUAACGCAAAUCCUACCUUUAGUUCCAUCUUUGUUUGUAACAACUAACAGCUUUGUAGAAGUUUACUGUGUUGUUUAUACUAGUCUAUACGUGCGGAUUGGGGAGAGUGAGCACAGAACAUUGUGUUUUAGUUUUGACGUAUAGCGAAUGGAUUGUUCUGUGUUAUAGCGAACAGAAGACAUGGAGAGCGAUAACAAACAAAAAGAUGAAGACGAUAAAAUUUUCAUAGCUAAGACACCCUUAGAAAUUCAAAGAUUGAAGUUAGAAAAAUUGAUGAAAAAUCCGGACAAGCCUGUCACAAUUCCUGAAAGGCCAAAGGACAAGAGCAUGCCCCAUGUGCCCGAUUUUGUGCGGAAUGUUAUGGGCUCCAGUGCAGGUGCAGGGAGUGGAGAGUUUCAUGUCUACAGACAUCUACGCAGGAAGGAGUAUGCUAGGCAGAAAUUCAUCCAAGAAAGAGCUGAGAAGGAUCUGAUGGAUGCAGCCUAUCAUCAGAAAUUAGAAGAGCAUCGUCGUGCUGCUGAAGAAAGGACUGCAAAGAAAAGAGCAAAAAGACUGAAGAAAAAACAGAAGGCCCGAAAACGUCCAAAGAGUGAAAACUUAAGCAAGUCUGAGAACAGCAAUUCUGCAAGUGAAUACAGUGCUGAAAGUGGAAGCAGUGGCGAUGAAGAAAAUAAAUGAUAUGUGGUUUUCAAUUUGAUCUCAUUUGCAAUCAGUAAGGAUAAAUGAAAAUAUAGUCCUAAGAGAAGCACAUUAUGUAUUCUGUUCAUGUAUCAGUAAUGGUAUAUAUUUUCAUAUUUCUUCAAGAUGAGAACUGUCAUUAUCUCACUGCUGUACCAAGUCUAGGUCAUUAUCAUUAUUUCUUACUGAUUAUGGAGUGAGCUAAUAAUAGACCCUCAAAAAUAAUGUUCAUGUUUGCAUGCGCAACAUUAUUUCUUUAUUUGCUUCCAACAACUAGCAAUUUGGAAAUGAGCAUUCCCAAAUAUUACCACUAGUAAAAUUGUACAGAUUAAACACAUGGGUCCCAGGAUCAGCUCUGACCUCUUGACAGUAUUUUCCUAUAUGUUUUACAGUUAUGGAAGUUUUACAAAUUUAUUUUCAACUCAGUGUUUUGAUGAUGCAAGGAAAUUCAGCUUUGGAUAUUAAUAUCCAUACAGGUGGCAGUUCAGCUCCACAUACACUGAUGUUGUUUUGGCAUAAUAAAUCUCAUUUCAUUAUUAUAAGCUUGUUUUUGUCUGUUACACUACUUUAAUAUUUGGUAUGUCAUUCUGAAUAUGGACUGGGAGAUAGGAAUGAAAGAGGAAACCACCUGAUAGAAUAAUUUAAUCAUUGCCGACAUGUGGUUUAGAAUAAUGAAAGAAGGUUAUAUACAUGAAAGAUACCUGGAGACACCUAAGGCCUCAGGUUGAUUAUGCCAUGGUAAGACAGAGAUUUCAGAACCAGAUUUUAAACUGUGAGAUACUUCCAGGGGCAGAUGUACACUUUGACCACAAUUUAUUGGUUAUGAAGUGUAGAUUAAAACUGAAGAAAUUGCAAAAGAGGUAGGAAAUUAAGGAGAUGGCGCUUGGAUAAGUCAAAAGAACCAGAAGUUGUUGAGAGUUUCAGAGGGAGCAUUGGGCAAUGACUGCCUAGCAGAGGGAAAAGAAUACAGUAGAAAAUGAAUGGGUAGUUUAAAAAAAUGAAAUAGUGAAGGCCGCAGAGAAUCAAAUAGGUGAAAAGACAAGGCCUAUGAGGAAUCCUUGGAUAACAUAGGAGAUAUUGAAUUUAAUUGAUGAAAGGAGAAAAUAUAAAAAUGUAGCGAAUGAAGUAGGCAAAAGAGAAUACAGACGUAUAAAAAAUGGUAUUGACAGUAAGUGCAAAAUGUCUAAAACAAGAAUGGCUGUAGGACAAAUGCAAGGUUAUGGAAGCAUAUAUCACUAGAGGAAAAAUAGAAACCACCUGCAGGAAAAUUAAAGAGGCCUGUGGAGAAAAGAGAAGCAGCAAUAUGAAUAUCAAGAGGUCAGAUGGAAAACAAGUCCUAAGCAAAGGAGGAAGUGUUGAAGGAGUAUGUAGAGAGUUUAUACAAGUGAGAUGAAUGCACAGGCAGUGGGAGCAAUGGGAGGGGACGUAGAUGAAGGUGAGAUGGGAGACAUGAUACUGUGAGAAGCAUUUGACAGAGCAAGGAAGGGUCUAAGUCAAAAGAAGGCCCUGGGAAUAGAUGAAAUUCCGCAGACCUACUGAUAGCCUUGGGAUAACCAACAAUGUCAAAAAUCUUCCAUCUGGUGUGCAAGAUAUAUGAAAAAGACAAAAUACUCUCAGACUUCAAGAAGAAAGUAGUAAUUCCAAUUCCAAAGAAAGCAGGUAAUGACCAGUGUGAAUAUUAUCGAACUAUUAGUUUAAUAAUUCAUGGUUGCGAAAUACUAACAUUGAGUUCUUUACAGAAGAAUAAAAAAUUGGUAGAAGCUGACCUCGGAGAAGAUCAGUUUGGAUUCUGGAGAAAUAUGGGCACAAGUGAAGCAAUACUAACCAUUCAACUUGUCGUAGAAGAUAGGUUAAGGAAAGGCAAACCUACUUUUAUAGCGUUUGUAGACUUAAAGAAAGUUUUUGACUGGUAUACUCUCUUUGAAAUUCUGAAGCUAGCAGGGGUAAAAUGCAGGGAGCAAAAGGCUACUUACAACUUGUGCAGAAAUCAGAUGGCAGUUGUAAAAGUCGAGGGGCAUGAAAAGCAAGCAGUGAUUGAGAAGGGAGUGACAUAGGGUUGUAGCCUAUCCCUGACAUUAUUCAAUUGGAACACUGAGCAGUCAGUAAAGGAAACCAAAGAAAAAUUUAGAGAAGGAAUUAAAGUUGAAGGAGAAGAUAUAAAAAUUUUGAGGUCUGCCUAUGGCUUGGAAGAGCAGUUGAAUGGAAUUCAGUGUCUUGGAAAGUGAGUGUAAGAUGGUCAUCAACAAAAGCAAAACAAGAAUGAUGGAAUGUUGUCAAAUCAGAUCAGGUGAUGCUGAGGGAAUUAGAUUGGGAAAUGAGACACUUAAAAGCAUAGAUGAGUUCUGCUAUUUGGGCAGUAAAAUAACUGAUGGUGGCCGAAGUGGAGGGGAUUUACAAUGUAGACUGGCAGUGGCAAGUAAAGCAUUUCUGAAGGAUAGAAAUUUGUUAACAUUGUAUAUAGAUUUAAGUUUUCUAAAAAUAGGAGAAUCUGAUUAUAAGAAGUGAUCUGUUGAUAGGACACAUUCUGAGACAUCAUCAAGGGAUCACCAAUUUACUAUUGGAGGGAAGUGUGUGGAGUAAAAGUCGUAGAGGGAGACCAAGAGAUGAAUACAUUAAGCAGAUGCAGAAGGAUGAAGGUUGUGGUAGUUAUUUGCAGAUGAAGAGGCUUCCACAGAAUAGAGUAGCAUGGAAAGAUACAUCAAACCAGUCUUCGGACUGAAGACCACAACAACACAUGAUUCUGGUGGCUAUACAACAAUAUGUAGAGUUUACUGACAAUGUCCUUGCUCCCCAUACAGUUCAGUUGGCUCAUUUUGGAAAUGAAAAAUCUCCUCUGCAGAAAUAAAUAAACAUAGUCCAGAAAGUCAGGGAAGCCACAGCACCAAAAAACUGUAACAAAAUGCAGGAAGAACUGUUAUUGUUUAAUUACAUAAUUGCUGGGAUGGGUAUUCAUUCAGAACAACUUAAAGUCGAAUGACCAUAUAAAACUCAAUGUAGGAAAAGCAGAUUUCAUAUUGUGAAUUACUUUUGGAAGAAUCCUAGACAAAUGUAAUUCACCCAAGAAAUUGAAAGCUUACAUAACUCUCAUUCAGUUGAUUUUUGAUUCAGUGUGGAACACUUAUCAGAUGGGAUUAGUGCAAGAGCAUUGUGGAGAUGCUCAUCAAAUUCCAGCAGCAGGCACAACAAAAGAGGCGUUGAGCAUCACAGAAAGGUUUAUUGUUAAAAUUCAGUAUGUGUACUUUCGAAGAAUUCAUGGAUUACUUACAGUUAUUCUUCUCACACUUCAUUGAUUUAUGGAACAAGAAAUGGAAAAAUGGUAGUGGUACCCAUCAUACUUGCAACUGCUCACUGUUCGUUAGCUUACAAAAUGUAAAUGUAGAAAUGUGUUGUCAGUUAUGGCACCACAAUCUUGUUUCCAUUGUCUAGUCAAGAAGAACCUGUAAGUCUUUCAUAUGGUCUUUAAUACUUGAUUAUAUUUUACAGAUGUAGUCAAUCUUCAUCAUGUAUUAGUUCACAAAUUAUUAUCGUCUGAAAUAUAAAUCUGUUCAACAUGUUCUUUUGUGAAAUGCACACCCUGUCACCAGAUAUAAUGAGUUAUUGUUAAAUCCACACACAUCAACCUUAAAGCCAGCACACUUCCUGUGAAAAUGAACCCAGUCCUAACAGAAAACACAAUAAAAAAUAAACUGUGGGUA